AUGCCACCGAGAUUCCGCAGAAAGGCUGAGGCACUCUCUGCUGUGUCGACCGCUCAGGCACCGUUCUCCUCGAAGAACGAGGAUGACCCUCCAGAACCGUGCAUGUCAGGAGCUCAAGAACGAUGCGCGCCGGCCCGGUCUGGAGAGUAUACCCGGAGGGCUUCCACGUCCAGCACGCGGACUACGCGCAGUGCGCACAGUCGGUAUCGCGGGAUGCGCGUAUUGCUGAACCAGACACGCUUGGACCGGCUCCGCGGUGUUCAGGCGACCCAUCGAACAGUACAGGAGGUCAAGGGCCUGCUUGAGCUACUGCAGGAGGAAGUGCGGCAGCUGCAGGAUAUGUGCGCGAGACUAUUGCCAGACGAUGCCCGAGUUGCAAGCGGCAAUGAGGCGCGAGCUGAUCUAGAGGUCGUGGCAUAG